ACUCGACUCGCUGCGCCGCCGUACUGGCUCCUUUCGGAGUUCUAGGCCCAAGACCCGCGUCCCACAAAGUCCGCCGAGGAGUGGGCUUGGGCCGUGGGGGCUGAAGCCGCCGGGAGGCAGAGGUCUGUCAGGCCAAUUUGGUUCAGAGAGCUGAGAAAUUUAUUCCUAAACCUGGGAUUACUGAGCGUGCCAAGAACUCUGCAUCCUUUCCCGGGUUAAAAACACCGCUUUCCCUUUUCAUUCAAGGCUAUCCCCGAUCAGGAGGCCUGAUCAUGCAGUUGCUCCGUCAUCUGUGCCAGUCACGGAAAGCAAACUGCUCCAGGACCCAUAGGAGACCUUUCAGCCUCACCGUUUUCACCACACCUCCACUACCGCCCGGCUUCAACCCUUAGCCCUGUUUCACUGCGAAGGGGCUGAGGUUUAGAGGCGUCCCAGGACUGGGACUCCCCUCAGCUCCAGCGGUCCUCCUGAGCAGGUGCUGACCGCUGCAACCGGGGACACUCCCUGCUGCAGCGCCUCUCCACCUGGGGCCUGGGGACCUUGCUGUGCUCCUGGCUCUUGCACGGUUGUCCUCCCCCAGGCCCCGCAGUGGUCUGGAAAAGGCUCUGUCCUGUGUCGGUGGUGUGCUGGCUCCACGUUGGGUCUGGCGAGGGGAAGCCCUGAUUGGCACCUUCCACACGACAGAGUGUAAGCUGCCACCAGUCUAACGACUGGUUCAUGACAGUUCAGUAAUCUGGUCGUGACGUGAGCUGCCCCAGGGCACCGCUGCCUGGCUGGCCCUCUGCAGCAGGAAGCAGCAUAAUAAAGAAAUUACACAGCAUCUUAGGAGGUGGAGCGUUCUCUGAGGAGAGAAAAUAUAGGGCAGGCAGGGACACAUUGGUGCUUUGUGGAACUGAAAGUUCAUACAAUUUCAGGAAAUGAUAAAAAAUGACAAAUAUGGAGUUGAGGUCAGGGCCUUUGAAAUGGCCUGUAUAAGGUCCUUAAAGACUUUUAGCUUCAAGUUAAAUCUGCAACUAAGGGUGGGUAAGGGGCAGCGUGGCCAGGUGGCUCUGUGGAAAAGGCCAGUGCAAGGAUGUUGAGGUGGGGGCAGUCAGUUGCAUGGGUGGAAGAGGCUGGACCUGGCUGAGUAUGGGGAGCCCAGGGGAUGGAACCACGAAGGGCCCUGGGGCUCUGUCAGGCUGGGCCUGGCAGGCCCUCCAAAGGACUUCGGCUUUUAGUGUGAGUGACUCUGGCUUUCACCAUGGCCCAAGCUGUAGCAGCUUGGAGCCCCUUUACAAGGCUCACUCUGCCUGCUCUGUCGAGGAGGGACAGUGGGGGAGGGUGGGUGUGGCAGAGGGAGACUAGUUAGAAGGCUAGAAAGUUAGUGACCCAGGUGAGAGAUGAUGGCGGUCAGACCGGGGUGCGGGCAGCCACGGAGCCAGGUGUACUGCUGGGAGUGUAGACUGGGCAGGUCCUCAGUCCCCUGGCAGAGCAGCAGGGGUGGAGGCUGGUGGGUAAAUGGGAGGUGGGGGGUAGAGCAGAGAGAGCAGAGUCUUGGGCACACCUCCCUGAGAGGCUGGAAGCAAAUGGAGCAUGGGCCAAGAGGGAGCCGGCUUCUAAAGGUGCAGCCCGGCCGUGAGCACUACUGCGGGCCUGUCUGUGCCUCCAUCUCCUGCUCUGUGACGAAGAUUUCCAGCAUCAAGGCACAAUGCCUGCACCUUCUGGGGCUCCAUGGUGACAGUGACGAUGACGAUGAGGAUGAGGAUGUCAAAUGGGAAGACUGGGUGGGUGCAUGGACCAGGGCAGAGAGACCCAGGGAAGCGGGUAGAGGAGGCAGAGGAAGGCUAUGCUGGGAAGCACUUGACCUACAAGGUCAAGUGUGAGAGCUGCUCCCCUGCUAGAUAUGAAGGGUGAGGAGUAAGUCUGGGGAGGUUCCUGGGGAGAGUUGAAAGCAAGCCUGAGACAGGGGUGUGCCUAGAGACCCAAGAUGCUUCUGCUGUUGGGGAGGGAACACAGAGGCUUGAGGUCCCUGCUUAGGAGGCAGUGACUGGAGCCCCCUGGUGGAUUUAGUAGGGAGGGUGAUUGGCCAUUUUUGGGUUCACAGGGAGAGGACAGCAGGAGCAGAGGACAGCCAGUGGGCCACUCCCCCUACCCUGUGGGUCACCGGGCUGGGGUGGGACAAUGGGGCUGAUGGGCUGGACCAACAGGUCAUGCCCAGCCAACACCUGGUCGCUAGGGUCUCUUUGGGCUGAGGAACUGCGGUAGGGUGGAAGAUUCUGCAGGAGGGCCUGCCGGUAGGAAGGGAAGCAGCACCUCCUGGGCAGCCACCCCGCCCAGUGCGUCAGGCCCCUCCCUUCUUCCUUCCCUCAGACAGUUUCACUUUUGUUUUCUGGUCCCUGGCCUCCUGACUUCCGUGCAGGAUCCAGAGUCCUAGCUAAAGGCGUGGGCUGGGGAGGCCCAGGCAUUCCACGCAGUGGUUGCAAUGGCAGAGGCAGAGGAGGCGGGGGCGGCAGUGGAGCUCAGCGGGCUGCCCCCCAAUAUCCCCGAUGAGUUGCUCAUGCUCUACUUCGAGAACCACCGACGCUCUGGGGGGGGACCUGUGCUGAGCUGGCAGAGACUUGGCCAUGGGGGUGUGCUCACUUUUCAAGAGCCUGCAGACGCAGCGAGGGUCUUGGCCCAGAAGGAGCACUUGCUACCAGGUGCUCGGCUGAGCGUGCGGCCAGCCCCGCCUCGUGCCCCUGCACGCCUCCUGCUCCAAGGACUGCCCCCUGGCACUGCGCCCCAGCACCUGGAGCAGCACGUCCAGGCCCUGCUGCAUGCCAUGGGGCACCCAGAGCAGCCCUGCCAUGUCCUGGCCAGUCCCCGACCAGACAGGGCCCUGGUCCAGCUGCCCAAGCCCCUCUCUGAGGCAGACAUCCGUGUGCUGGCGGAGCAGGUCCAGGCCCUGGGCCUGGAUGGGGCUGACGUAUCCCUGGCGAGGGUGCCCCAGGCCCGAGCGGUGCGUGUGGUGGGGGGCACCUCGCCUGUGGACCCUCUGUUGCUGGAGCUGUACCUGGAGAACGAGCGCCGGAGCGGCGGGGGGCCCCUGGAGGGCCUGCGCAGCCUGCCGGGGCAGCUGGGCACCGUGGUCACUUUCCAGCAGUGGCAGGUGGCUGAACGGGUGCUGCAGCAGGACCACUGCCUACAGGGCUUGGAGCUGAGUCUGGUCCCCCACUACAGCGUCCUAGAGCCCGAGGAGCUUGCUGGGGACCCCAGUGGAGGGGACCACUUGGCUGACUUCGGGGCUGGGGCCACAGAGCACGCUCUCCUGGAGGCUGGAGGACCAGAGAGGGCGCUGAAGGGUAUAGAGACAGUGACCUUGGGCUCUGAGGAGGCAACAGGCCAGCCAGGAGCCUCUCUAAGGACAGACCCCAUAGGGCCUCUGGGCCAGGCCAGGCCAGUCAUCUUGGAGCCCGCGGGGGCUUUGGAACAGGACGGGAAGGAAAGCCUGGAGCCCGUGGGGUAUCCAGGGCAGGCAGGAGUGCUAAGCCCGAGGCCUGUAGGGUCUCCAGGCCCAGUGGGCCCAACGGAGCGUUCCAUGGGGUCUCCGGAGCAGGUGGGCUCACCGGAGCAGGAGGAGCUGGCGGAGAUGGUGCUGUUGAUGGAGCCGGGGGCCAUGCGCUUCAUACAGCUCUAUCACGGGGACCUCCUUGCUGGCAUGGGAGACAUCGCCCUCUUCCCACUGGAAGGAUCAGACAUGACUGGCUUUCGGCUCUGCGGAGCCCAGGCCCCAUGCCAGGCAGCCCAGGAGUUUCUGCAAAGUCUGCUAGGCAGCCUGAGCUGCCAUGCGCUGAGCCUGAAGCACCCAGGCAGUGCCCAGUUCCUGCUGGGCCCCGAGGGGCAGCACCUUCUCCAGGAGCUGGAGGCUCGGUUCCAGUGUGUCUUUGGGACGGAGCGUCUGGACAUGGACUCUGCACAGGUGGACCUUCCCGAGGCCCUCCAGGCCGUCCCUGGCCAGCCCCACUCUCUGUGGCCCCCGGAGAGCACAGGCAGUGACCAGGAGAAUCUGAGCCUAGAGAAGGUUCGAGAGCGGCUGGCCACCCUGGAGGGCCUGGACAGGGAGGGCAGGCCGUCCCCGGAGCCCUGGGAGGAGGAGCCUGAGGAGCAGCCAGAGGAGGAGCCUGCACCUGGGUUCGAGGAGGAGCUCCCAGCCCCAGGCACCGGGGCCCCUGGGCAGCUGGAGGAGGAAGCCGCACUGCAGCUGGCUCUCCACCGGUCACUGGAGCCGCAAGACCAGGUGGCUGAGCAGGAGGAGGCUGCUGCACUGCAGAAAGCACUGGCCAUCUCCCUGCUGGAGCCAACCGCACUGGAGGGUGGGGGCACGGGGGGCCAGGCCCAGCUGGCGGUGCAUGUGGCCUUUGAGCAGGACUUGGAAGAGCUGGACCGGGCCUUGGGAGCUGCCUUGGAGGUGCACCUCCGAGAGGAGACAGUGGGGCUUCGGGGCCACGUGCUGCCCGCAGACCUGCGUGCCCGCCUAGAGCGGUGCCACGGCGUGAGUGUUGCCCUUCAGAAUGACUGCGCUGUCCUCCGUGGCUUUGGGGUCCAGCCCGUCUGUGCGGCCCGCCACUUAGCAGCGCUGCUGGCCGGCCCCUGGGAUCCAAGUUUGGCCUUGGAGGCGUCCAGCACCCCCCUGCCACCGCAGAGGCUGGAGGGGCCCUUGGGCAGGCUGGAGUGUCUGGCGGAGAGCAGCCAGGAGUUCCAGGCGGUGGUGCAGGCCUUCUACGACACCCUGGACACUUUCCACAGGAGGAUCCGCGUCAUCCGGGUGGAACGCGUGCUGCACCCGCUGCUGCAGCAGCAAUACGAGCUGCACCGAGAGCGCCUGGAGCAGCGCUGCGAGCGGCGCCCGGUCGAGCACGUCCUGUACCACGGCACGUCCGCGGCCGCCGUCCCAGACAUCUGCGUGUACGGCUUCAAUCGCAGCUUCUGCGGCCGCAACGGCACGCUGUACGGGAAGGGCGUGUACUUCGCCAAGCGCGCUUCCCUGUCGGUGCAAAACCGCUACUCGCCCCCCAGUGCCGACGGCCACAAGGCAGUGUUUGUGGCGCGGGUGCUGACCGGCGACUACGGCCUGGGAAACCGCGAGCUGCGGGCGCCCCCUCAGCGGGCCCCGGGCCACGUGCUCCCGCGUUACGACAGCGCCGUGGACUGCCUCCGCCAGCCCAGCAUCUUCGUCAUCUUUCAUGACACCCAGGCUCUGCCCACCCACCUCAUCACGUGCGAGCACAUACCGCGGGCCCCCUCCGGGAACCCCUCUGGACCUUUGGCCCACUCCGCGGCCACCUAACCCGAGAGGCCCCCUCGGCCCUGCCUCUGGCCUCCCGCUCCCCGGGCUCCGGCUCCAUCCCCACACAGCCUCACAGAUCCCUCCGCUGCCUGAGCUCCCGCCUCCUGCUGCGCCCCUUCCUCCUGUCGCGGAGCUGCGACCCGCGGGGCGACUAGGAGGGCGGGGGCGCGGUCCCCUCGGCGGCCGACCCAACCACCAGGGGUCAGCAGAGCCCAGGCGGAGGGCGGAUGGCCGGACCCCGCCCGCCGAGGCCGGACUUUGCCCGAGCGGGACGCUGUAAUUUGAAUAAACGAGAAACCGGGUGGAGGAACCUGCUGGA